GUACAAUCAUCGGACCGGAAGUGUACAUGGGAGUUUCGUAAAUGUGGUUUGAAUCUGUUUUCAUGUUCUCCUCUUACUCUCCUUUGGUAUGAACGACUCUUCCUUUUUACGAAGCUAAUAGGCAAGCUUAUUUCAUAAUGGAUAACAGGAGACGACACAGAGAAUCUCCUGGCCGGGUUGUAAAGACAAAAAUCAAGCAAGAAAAAGUGAGUCCCGCGCGGCCUCCGCGAGCACGUCGAUCCAGCUCAGGCUCCAGCCGCGGUAGCAACAGCCCUCCACCGAAACGACGAGACAGCAGAUCACCAGUCAGAAGAAAGGACAGAUCGCCAGCGAGAAGAGACCGUUCUUCGGGCAGACAGCAGGAGAGGUCACCUCGACCCCGGACCAGCAGAAGCCCGCAUCGCAGCACUGACGUCAGGUUAAAGCGGGAGCAAGAUGAUCACAGAGGACCCGAAAGUCAUCGGCCUCGUGAGAGAAGGGAUGAUUCAAAUGACCGCAGAAUGAAAAGGGACGGAGAGCGUCCACGGCAAAGAGAGCGAGACAGAGAACAGGACAGAAAUAGGGCAAGAGAACGUGAUGCCCACUUACAACAGCAACAGCAGGCUGAGAGGGAACGACAAAAUGAACGGCGGCGAGAGAAUCGCCUCAGACAGGAGGCUCAGAGUGGCAGUGGUGAUGACGAGGAACAGGACUUCGGUGGUCAACAGGAUAGUGAUUCCGCCCCUGCAGCUGAGAAGGAAAAGCCCAACUUUGAACUAUCAGGUGCCUUGGUGGAAGAUACAAAUACAUUCAGGGGGGUGGUGAUCAAGUAUAAUGAGCCUCCCGAGGCCCGCAUACCCAAAAGAAGAUGGCGUUUGUACCCCUUUAAGAACGACGAGCCGCUCCCAGUUAUGUACAUCCAUAGACAGAGUGCGUAUCUACUUGGACGACAGAGGAAGAUUGCAGACAUUCCCAUCGACCACCCUUCUUGUUCCAAACAGCAUGCUGUUUUUCAGUACAGAUUAGUGGAGUUCACACGGGCGGACGGCACCAUGGGCAGGAGAGUGAAGCCGUACAUCAUCGAUCUGGGUUCUGGUAAUGGCACCUACCUGAACAAUCAGCGUAUAGAAUCUCAGCGUUACUACGAGCUCAAAGAAAAGGAUGUGCUGAAGUUUGGCUUCAGCAGCAGAGAGUACGUGCUCCUUCAUGAGUUUUCUGACACAGCCGAGGUUGACGCAAAGAAGGAAGAAGAAGAGGAUGAAGGCCUGGAUGAGUAGUUCUCGGCUCAGCGUUUACCAAAGUUACCUGUUUUGUGCUGGACUCUUCGAAAGAAUUUCCUCCGUAGGAACAAGGCGACCUUGUGGACAAUGAAACAAUCAUGCUUCAGCCUGCCCAAGUUGUCUGUAUGAAAAUUCUCAGGUGGAUAGCUUUUGUAUCCCGUCAAACUGUGUACAGUGUUGUCCCUCAAAGCAAGUGCUCAAAGCCAGAACUAAUUAAUCUAUCUUAAAAAAAAACGUAUAUUUUGGAUACUCUUGAAGAAGUGCAUAUAAUGUCCAGAUUUGGUUACUGUAAAUAUACUGGAUGUAUUUGAUGUGUGCUUGUUUAAUGUGUUUUAGUUUGUAGUCUGUGAUUAGAGACAUACUGUGUCCUGGUAGUUAUCGCCAGCAAGUUAAUCAUCCUCAUGGUUAUUCAUAAAUAAUGAGACUAAUUUGAAAAUUGCUAUACAAAAGAUGCCAUCUUUCUUUAGAUAUUUUCUAUUCUCUCACAGUACAUUCAUAUUUGAUUUUUUAGAUGUUUUGUAUUGUAAAAUAAAUAUGGAUAAUAAUAAUGAA